UUAAACAGUGGUGGUUGGAACUUGGAAGUAUUAACGACAACUGAUGUGUAAAUAAAUAACCCUAAAAUCCCUUUCUAUUCCAGUCUUUCUCUCUUCCCAAUUCUCUACGGUGCUCCGGUUUGACUUCCUGCUUCAGUUCACUACUUCACUCCUCCGAGCUCCACAUCCUUCUUCCCCUGAGACAGCAGAGGAGCCGCCCUUCCUUCUCACCUCACAAGACCGUCGGCGGCGGCAUGACUACUCUAACAUUGACGGUGCAACUCCUCUAACUCAGCGAUCCCAGUUGACUCGUGACCCCUCCCAACUGCCCAGUUGAAGCUAACUUCGGAUCUCCCUCUCCUCUCCUCAGGUUUUUGUUGCCAUCAGCCACAAGUGAUAAUGGAGGCCGGGUCUCCACCUGGUUGCAGUUUGGACCGUAGUGAUGAAGUAGGUGAUUAUAUGAGCAUUUCGGAGCUCAUUUCAGACCUCAGGACGGCAUUUCGGUCCUCUGAUUUUGACAGGGUCGAGGAGAUUCUGGUCAUUAAAGAAAACAAGCUUAAGAAAAAAAUCAAGGAGAUGGAGUCUGAAAAUGUACAACUUGAUCUUGAGCUUAAGAGGUUGAGGGAGGACAGUUCAGAGAAAAGAAUUUUGCGACAGAAUUAUGAGAUCAUGCAAGAGAGAGUGAAGGUCGCAGAGGAGAGAGCUCGAGAGGCUGAGGAGAGAGGGAAAGAAGCUGAUGAGAGAGCGAGAGUGGUGGAGGAGAGAGUAAGAGGAGCUGAUGAGAGAAUAAGAGUGGCAGAAGAGAGAGCAAUAGAAGUUGAUGAAAGAGCGAGAGUUGUGGAGGAGAAAGCAAGAGAAGCUGAUGAGAGAGCGAGAGUGGCUGAGAAAAGAGUUAUGAAGGUAGAUGAGGGAAAGAAAUUGGCGGAGGAGAAUUCUCGAAAAUUUGAAGAAAUGUUAGAACGAUUACUGAAAGAUGCUAAGAAGAGUGAGAGAGAAAAAGUGGAUGAGAUUGCUCAGAUCAUGGAAAAGAACAAGGUUUUAGAGUCUGCAAAAAUUAGAGCUGAGGAAGAUGCAGAGGUUUGGAAGAAAUUUUUUGAGGGAUUGGAGAAAAGGGUCUCCUUAUUAGAGGCUGAAACGGAAAUAUAUUUAAAAAUGGAUUCUUUGGUUCCAAGAGUAACAGCCACAUGUUCCUCUGAGUCUAACAAGGCAAAUGGAGAGAAGGGUGCUGGUAAAAAUGAUGGAUUCGCUGUCGUUUCAGGCUCUGCUCAUCUUCCUUCAUCUUCAACCGUUUCAAGGAACCAAGAUUUGUCAAGUGACAAGAAAUCUGCUUUUGAACAACAAGCUAUUGUUAUCAUUGAUAGUGAUGAUGAAAAUGCUCCACCAGGAAGCAGUUUGCAUGAUAAAGAAUUUUCGCGAAAACUUCCCGAUAAAGACCCUAUUGAUCUGAUGGAUUGGGAUAUUAAGCCCAUACCACUGUGCAAACGAAAAAGACCUUGGUCACCGAAUGUAAGUGAGAGCAAGAUGAAGCUUGAUGGUUCAACAAUCAAUAAUAUGUCUGCAACAUCUACAAAUGAUGCUGAGAACCUAAAAACCCCAUCAAAACAUGAUCAAGUAAAAUGUGAAGAGAAGACAGUAGGAGAAAUAAGCUCUCCAACUAUUCUUAACAAGCUAAUGGUUGACGAUGAGGCUGAUGCUUUCAAAUUUGAGGUUAGUACCUCUUCUGACAGUGAUGGUAGCAUCGAUUUAGAUGAGAUCAUCUUAGAAAGCCAGAGAUUAAUUUAACUAAGUUAAGUGAGUGUAGAAGACCAGCAGUUUGGCACACCAUUUUCAUCUACUUGAUCAGGGCAGUCAAGAGGAUUCUUGUACUCUGCAUUUUGGAUCUUUUGUUGCUGGUUGUUCUUGCUUGCUUGUAGCUCUCGAUAGUCAGAUGGAUUAGACUAACACUAAAUGCUGCCUAGAACAUCUGUAUAUAUAUAUAUAUAUAUAUAUAAUUAGUCCACUACCUUAGCAGGGGUCUAAAACCCUCUCCUGCCUUUGUUAAGUCAAUGUUGAUAUGAUUCUUUUGUCUCCCUCUUGUACAAAACUUGCUAAGUGACUGUUAUAGUCAAAGCUGAACAGAUAGUAGUUACUAGUAUAUGUAUAUCUUUUGCUUGAAGAAAGCUAAAUCUCAAUAGAACAUGGAGAAAAAGCUUGGUGGCCACAA